AUGGAGGUCGUCGCGCGCUCUCCUUCCUUUCCCCUCCGUCACCCAACAAUCUCCGUUCUUCAGGUUUCAAACUGUAACUGUUUUUCCCUAACAGAAUCAAGGUUUUCAUUUUCACUCACACAUAACAGCAACAAAUCAAAUAAACUUUCACUUGGAGCGCUUCCAAAAAUAAGCAACACUUGUUUUUCUCAAAGUUGGGGUUUCCUUCGCAAAAGGAGGAUAUGUAACAAGGAUUGCUCAGUGAAGCAUGCUUCUCUGUUGUUCGUGCGGCUGGUUGCUGGAGUGGUAAUGGCUGUGUCAGUUUCUUUGGCUUCCAAUAGCCCUUCCUGGGCCUUGACUGAAGAGAAUCUUCUGUUUCUGGAGGCGUGGAGAACAAUUGACCGAGCAUAUAUCGACAAGAGUUUUAAUGGACAGAGUUGGUUUAGGUAUAGAGAGAAUGCAUUGCGCAAUGAACCCAUGAACAACCGGGAAGAGACAUACAUGGCGAUAAGAAAGAUGCUUGCUACGUUGGAGGAUCCUUUCACUAGAUUUCUUGAGCCUGAGAAGUUCAGAAGUUUGAGGUCUGGAACCAAAGGCGCUCUAACUGGAGUGGGGAUAUCAAUAGGCUACCCUACCAAAGCUGAUACGCCAUCUGGUGGACUUGUUGUCAUUUCAGCUUCUCCGGGAGGACCUGCAUAUAGGGCUGGUGUUUUGUCUGGAGAUGUUAUCCUGGCAAUUGAUGGUAUGAGCACAGAAAGCUUGGGGCUGUAUGAUGCUGCCGAUCGCCUACAAGGACCUGAUGGAAGCUCUGUUGCAUUGACCAUUCGCAGUGGUUUAGACAUAAAGCACCUAGCUCUAACGCGAGAGAAAGUUACAGUGAAUCCAGUGAAGUCAAGACUGUGCAAGCUACCUGCUUCAGGAGAUAAUUCCCCAACUGUUGGUUAUAUAAAAUUAACAUCUUUCAACCAAAAUGCAUCUCGUGCUAUCAAAGAAGCAAUUAAAACAUUCAGGAGUAACAAUGUAAAUGCAUUUGUUUUGGACCUCAGAGAUAAUAGCGGCGGUCUUUUCCCAGAAGGAAUUGAGAUUGCAAAACUUUGGUUGGACAAAGGUGUGAUUGUAUAUAUUUGCGAUAGUCGUGGUGUUCGAGAUAUACUCGAUACAGAUGGAAGUAAUGCUCUAGCAACUUCUGAACCCCUGGCUGUGCUGGUAAACAAGGGAACCGCAAGUGCAAGCGAGAUAUUAGCUGGCGCAUUGAAAGAUAACAAGCGGGCCAUAUUAUACGGGGAACCGACAUAUGGAAAAGGGAAGAUCCAAUCAGUUUUUGAGCUCUCAGAUGGCUCAGGACUAGUUGUUACAGUUGCUCGCUACGAGACACCUGCACACACUGAUAUCAACAAGGUUGGUGUCAUUCCUGACCAUCCUCUACCAACAUCAUUUCCUAAGGAUGAAGAUGCAUUUUGUAAUUGUCUCCAGGAUCCUGCUUCUUCUUGUAAUGAUAACAAAGUCCAGCUAUUUUCAAAAUGA